UUAAAAGCUCUGCCGCCGCCCGGAGAAGCCGCGCACGAGAGCCAUAGUUUCUCGCGAACGAGUCGAUCAGUGCACAUUUCUUCCGAAUAGGAUCUUCUCGGUGUGGUAAAUUAUACUUGGACGACUAACGACACUUUGCUAGAAACGUUGUGAUAUCGUUCUGUGCGACGAUUGUGAAUUUUUCGUGGAAUAGGAGUUUUUUUUUAGUGAAGGACGAGGAGUGAAGAGAAGGCUGAAUAAUUCAUUGCGUAAAUAUGAAACUUUUUUCUGUUUGAACAGUCGCUGUAUAAAGUAGUCGAGACUUCUGUGUGUGCUGAGAGCGUUUGUAGACGAUUUUUUUUCGACUCGCGAUUUUCGAGGAGAGAUCGUUGGGUAAUCCUGGGUUGAGCAAGUCCCGACGAUGCAGUCGAAAAAUUAUCGCUGACUUUACCGAUAUUUCUCUUUCUAAGUCUGAACAAGCCGUGAAUGUAUUAUUUCUCUUAACGAACGAUAUAGUUGCGCGACUGAAAUCACGACAGCGAGGAGAGCUUGCGAGGCAUUACUUGAUUAAGAUCGAUUCAGCUCGUCGAUUGGAUCGCCCCCGGAGGUUCAAGGAGACGACGCGGAAUCGGUUUUUCUGCGAUGAGAUCUAGAUGUGUUCGAUAGCAAUACCAUCGGAGCUUCUGUUGGGACACAGUCCCCCGGUGUACGGUUCCUUGCUCUACAGUUCCCUGAUGGUUACGACGCCGCCGAUCGCCAACCGAUCAGUGCCGCCGCAGAUCAGGCCCUGCCUGGCCUCAGCGUCGCUACACCUCAACGGCCUUCUCAAGAGCAACGACGAUGUCGCCAAUAACAGCAACAACAACAAGAGGAACAAGAAGAAGGUCGUCUUCGCCGAUGACCGCGGCUGGCCACUCACACAGGUCCGGGUCAUGUCGGAGCCCAGCAAUAUGCCACCCUUCUGGACGAGCGCCUACGUGGCGAGCCUUGCCCGGGGCGAGCUUUUCCGCAACCUCGACGGCAGCCUCAGCAUCGCCCAGCAGCACUCGCUGCCGAUCAACAAAGCCACCAACACCGUCAACGGCGGCGACAACUCGCCGACGAAAACGGAGAUCUGCCCCUGGGAGGCGAGCUUCGCCCAGCCCGCCAGCGACUACCUGGCCUUCCGCAACAAGCUGGACAAGUCGUCGGUGAGCCUGGAGAACGUGAUAGUGCGCGACUCCGAGAACUGCCUGAUCGGCACGAUCAAAGUCAAGAACCUGGCCUACGACAAGGAAGUGACCAUCCGCGCCACCUGCGACAACUGGAAGACCUACCAGGACGUCAACUGCAGCUACGUCGAGCAACCUGGACUCUCGGCCAGUCCUGUGGUACGCAACCUCUACGACACCUUCCGUUUCCGGCUGCCGCUGCCAGAGGGCGAUUCCGGCUCGAAUCAGCUCGAGUUCUGCGUGCGCUACAACACAGAGGGCGCUGAGUUCUGGGACAACAACGCUGGCGCCAACUACGUCGUCAAGAAGAAACGAGAUGCACCGACACUGGAGGAGCAAGUCGCCGAGCUGUUGAGCGCCUGCUGCGGCCCGAGCGAGACGCACAACGGCUUCACGCAGACGCGACUGCGCAUCGACAAGGACCUGGCCCGACCUGCCGGCGAGGCUACCCGUGUGCACCUGCGCACCUGGAGCGAAUUCGCCUCCUGGCAGCACCUCGACAACGAGGGGCCCUACUGGUGACGCGUCACUCCGCCAUCAGCACACCAGCGCCAUCUGUCGUCGUCGUUCGCUCACUAAGUCACACGUAUCCAUCCUCUAGUCCUCCGUCAUCCGUCCGACAAGUGCCUACACUAUAUACUACUCAUCGCUGCUACAUACUACUACCACGUGUCCUUGGAGCUGUUGUUAUUGUCGAUCCUCGCGAGUGGUCCUCUUCCUCUGUACUAUACACGGAUAUGCGAGUGACGAUGAUGAGAAAGAAAGAGAGAGAGAAAGAAAGAAAGAAAGAUUCGAGGCAGUGCCAUGCAGUACUCGGACGGAAUCACCUCGACGCCUCGGUGAGGAUUAAUUAUACAAUUCAUAAUGACUUUUUUUCGGAGGAGAAAUCACAUUGUUUACGCGUGAUGUGACGAGACGUGACGCGUCACGAAGAUGCGUGUGUGUUUAACGAUAUUGUAUAGCGAUUGUCUUAAUCAGAAUGCGAGGUCGUAUGAUGCAGUUUACUUAAUAUGCAGAGCGUAUUGAGAGAUACCGCGGUAAUCAAGGUAUACUCGCGUGGAUUUAUCUGUGCGACGACUCUUGCCGUAACAACGAGUGAUGAAUUUUUUAGUAUCGUGAAGUCGAACUGAUCUGUUCAUCAAUAGCAUGGCUAACGUGUGAACUGAUGUAAAUUUUACUGUGUUCCGAUUUGGAAUUAAUACAAAGCAUGGAAAACCUUAAUUUGCCUGAGAUUUUUGUUUCCUCAAGUUGCGACAUCUAAUGGUAUGAAUUAAAAAUGAAUUCUGUAAAUGCAGCCGCGUUACGACACACCCCAUCGAUAUUACAAUGCGACAACGUCAACGGCGCACAAUACCGCCGCAGUCGCAUCAUACACACAUAAUCUCCGCGCGAAUUUUUAACUCAAAACAAAAAUCUUAAUUUUAAUUUAUCGACGCCGAGACGAAAUCCCGAAGCGCAAGUUGAUAAUCCGAUUUCCCUUAUCUUUUCUGUCCCGACAGCUUACGCAAAAUCACGAGAAGCCUCAGCCGGUCUGCUAUUGCUGCUGUUGCCGUGUCUCUAGCGCUAAUAGCCUUGAGACUCUGGCGGCCGUUUUAACGAUCCCAUUUCCAUCGAACGAAAAGAAAAGACUCUAGAGGAGAAAAUGAAGAUGAUCACAUGCGCGCGUACGUAUACAGCAAGAAUAACGAAAACAAAAAACAAAAUGUAAACGAGACGGAAGAUAACGAGACGAUUUACGAGAUGACGAGAGCUUUGUGUCGUCGAAUGUAUAUAAAAGCACGCAAUAUAAUGCGUGAAAAGGAAAAAAAUUGGACGGGGGGGCGCGAAGCCUGUGUGUAGCCCUUGCAAGACUGAUAAUAUUUAUAAAAAAUAAAAAAAACCGAUUUUCAAUCGAUCCUCGAACGAUCGAGAAAUAGUAACGGAAAUUUGGCGAUCGAGAUCGGUAUAGGCCGAGUGCGUUCGCCCCCGUCCUUUUUUUACACUUUGAAAGCUUAUACAAACACGAUCAGCAGCAAAUGUUACAAUACUAUAAUUUGAUACUGUAUACUCGUUAUCACUGCGUCGAACCUCGUGCACAAGCCCGAUUUUUUUUUGUUGGUCUCUUCUUGUGUUAAAAACCGUCGCUAUAGGAUUUAACGAUCUUUCGACUCGAGUAAUUCUGAGUACUUAUUUGUUUCCCCAUGUAUACUCAUAGGGUAUAUGCAUAACCGACGUAUGUAUAUACGCAAAACGUGAUAGUCAGAGCGAGAGAUGGAGGGUACGUGUAUUUUUACAUAAAUGCGUGAUAAAUGAAGAAGUUUUUAGGAUUAUUCGGCGAUGGAAGAUUGUUAAGACUGGAUAUGCUAACGCGUGUGUAACGAAUCUAUAACGAACAUAUAUUUUAACGAACUUUUAAACGUAGACUUUAUUAGAGCGAGUGAGAGAAAGAGAGAGAGAGAGAGAGCGAAUAUAAGCGCAGAGAGACGGCGAAAGGUUUCUACUAGGCGUAUAUACCCCAUGCACACUAUUAUUAUACUGUUAUUGUAUGCAUAUAGAUUUUUAACUAUAUAUAAUACACGUAGGAGAUGUAGCUCUUCUCUUGUCAAUUAUACCUACCGCGUAAGGAUCGAUGAACGAAGCUUGUGGUAUAUUAUAUAUUAGGCGGAGGAUAUGAAGAUACAACGAAAAGCGCGUCGACUUGUUUAUAACGUAUAAGCUUCCACUUAUAUAUUUUUUUACGAUCGUGUAAUAUCGGAUAUAACUCUUUUGUUGUUUUUUUUUAUCGAAUCGAACAAGCAUACACUUGCAAACGACGGCUUCGAGACGUGCGAAAGCCAAAAUGAUGAUGAUGAUGAUGAUGAUGAAAAAAAUCGUGAUAUAAUUAUGCGCGGCCGAGUGAAUUAUGGCCGAGCGAUUUUACUAUAUAUUGUUUAUUUUAUUUUUUUUUACUCGGUAUACACAACUGUAAGAACAGAAAAUUUUUAUCCUCGCAUCGACGAGCGCGCGCGCGAAUCUAUAUGUACUAUUGAUAUAUUAUAUUUAUACACACACACACACACACGGACAGAUAUUUCUAUAUAUAUACGCGAUGCGCGAAGAACGAUAAGCUGGAGCGAAGGAACUAUACGAUUAUAUGUACGAAAAAGUUUUUAAUCUCUUGGAAAAAAAGCACAAAAAAAAUUAUUAUCAAAUGUUACGAUAUAAUAUAUUAUAUUUUAAUCGAUGUGUGCGAGCGUGCGAAUGUGUACUUGUACCUGAAGUGUCAUAAGUGUUUAUAGAUAUGAAUAUAUGCAGGAGUGUGAAUGUGUCCCGGGCCAUUUGUAGAUAUUCUCUUUGUCUUUAAUCAUCCUGUAUAAGCGAGGAGUAACUGUAUAGACGAACUGCUGAUUUCGAAGAUUGUCGAAGAGGAGGAGGAGGAGGAGAUAUGAGCGAUCAAUAUAAUAUGUAACGAUAAUAAUAAGAUUUUUAGGAGACGGAGUCUUUAUUCGCGUAGUGUAAUAAGGAACGCUUUAAUUUUCUCUCGCACCAUGUACAUCCCCCCUCUGUUCCUCCCUUUACCUACCGCUAUAUUACUAUAUUUUACGUUAUACUACCUUUUACUUCUUCUUAUUUUGGAUUUUGCCGCGAAUACAUGGAACCGCCCGAAUCGCCAUUGUGAAUCGCUUUCGGUCGCGCUGAGUGUAAUUUGAUGUAAUUAUACUAACUGAUAUAUGUAAACGAGAGGACAAUGUUUUUUUGAAGAUAUAAAUGAAAGGAUCAUCGUAGCUUUACGAAGAAUGAAAUGUAUUUCGAUGUAUAUUAUCACACCCACGCAACAAACGCAUUGUAGUCAGAAACAGAGUAAUAAAAACUUAUUGUAAGUGUUCUUGGAAAAAAAAAA